GGAUCAACCCUAAUGAUCAUCUACUUUAAUUAGUCCUGCCAAGUUAUUUCAUGAUGACGGAUAUCAACAACCAGUGGCGCCCCCGCGCGAUCAUCUUUGAUCUCCUCACCGCGCUGCUCAACUCGUGGGACACAUGGGCAAAGUCGACCCCUCUGGAGGGUACAGAAAAGAGUCGGGCCUGGCGAGGGCGGUACUUGGACCUCACUUUUGGUGCUGGAGCUCUGCACCCGAUGAACUAUUACGGAGGUGGAGUCAGCUGGAGCUCUGGCCUGAGGUGCCUGAAGUUCUUGCCCGGCUCAGAUAUAAGGGGUUCAGAAUCGGAGUAGUGACAAACUGCUCCCGCGAAUUGGGACUUGCUGCAAUUCACAACGUGGAGCAGCAUACUGGCAGAGGAUUUCGAUUCGAUGCCGCCAUGACGGCAGAGGAUAGCGGUUUUUAUAAGCCGCACAGAGUGGCGUAUGAAUCUAUUCUGGCAGAGAUGGAUGUCGGGGCCGGCGACGUUCUGUUUGUCGCCGGCAGUGCGGGCGAUGUACAGGGUGCAACUGACGCGGGUAUGAAAGUUGUAUGGCACAAUCGUGUUGGGCUGGCCA